AUGAAAGCAUUAUCACGAACUCGAGCACAGUUCGAGCACAUCAAAUUGCAAAAAACUGACGGAUGGGCCGAUCCAUCGUGGAAUGCGCCACAAACGUACUCGUACCAGUCUCCUCCAGUUCAAGAUCCAUUCGUUUUUCAUACGUACAACUCACAUCAGCCGACUACUAUUCCCUACCAACAGCAGCCAUUCACAUUCGAUUUCUCACAUCUUUUCCCGGAUGAGGCAGCAGCGAGAGCUACCGCAUCGGCUUACGCGACUGCUGCGCAAUUCGCGCAGCAGUACAAGGCACAAGUCGCGACCGCUCCGCCCGUAAAUCCCCAAGUGGACCAGGCAAAUUUUGAGAGAUACAGCCAAUACUUGGAUAUAUUGAAAAAUGCUUAUGGUAUACAGCUCCCGGGUGAACUCAAACCCGCCAAGGAGGUUCAGCCUCAGUAUCAGUUGUCAUCGUUCCCGACAGCGGCAGCGACAACGUAUCAAGCCGGCUCAAGUCCUUUUGUGACCACAGCGCCGUCGACGCAGGCGGUUGCGGAGCAUACAGUCUAUACUGCGGCUACCGUGAAGCCACAAUCGCUGUAUCAUGUCUAUCAAACUCCGCAAGUUUCCGUCUCAUUCCAGCAACCGGUCUCUUAUAAAAAUGCAGUUCAAAUCACUCAGCAACAAACUGCCGCAACUCCCCAGCAACAGCAGCACGUAGAUUAUCCAGUCACAGCACAACAGACUUACGGCUCCAUUUACACCCCUCCCACAAUGGCUCCACUUUCUACCACCCAUUCCUACGAGACAGCUCCGCAACCUACCUAUGCCUUCCCACCUCCACAACAGCCACAGCAGCAACAGUACCCACAGAACGUACAGUACCCCAAUCCAGUCCCGCAACCGAAUCCGACGCUUCUACCGCCACAAUCAGCGCAUCAAACUCCUUUCCCUCAACCGGGACCGAUGCAACCUCAGCAACCCCAAGUGCCACCACAGACGGCUUCUCCACAGGUUCCGAACCAUUCUGGGGAAAAUUAUGCUCAGCAGGGUGGUCUCCAUACUCCUACCUAUCAAACUGCUGCCUUUUCCACUUAUGAUGGACAACCAGCGCGUCCAAAACCAACGGUCUACGCUUAUGCAGGACCAGGUCAAACAGUGAAGCCUACUUACAGCACAAACCUUGCGUCGCAGUAUGCCGGUUCAGCUGAGCAAAAUGGAGUUGAGGCGAACUUGGUGGCCGAACAAGAAACUGUCGGAAGUGUUUACGGUGGAGAGAAUCCGAUGGAACCGACACUCUAUACUCCUCACACUCUUCCACAACAGACAAAUCCACCAACGCUGUCUCCGACUCCACCAACAACACGUCCUACGCCCUCAAGGCCUAAGACAACUCGUCCUCGACCUACCGUAUCACCUACAGCGCCACCAGCAAGGCCUUCGCCAAACACGAACAAAAAUACAGAAAUGGCCGUUUCUGUGCAAGCGCUCACAAAACAGAUUCGUCGAUUACCCGCUGUGCUUUAUCUAGACUCUCGAAAAGACGGUAGUGCUGAGUUGGAAAACAUGCUUAGGGAGACCUACGGUCUACCACUUGUAGCAUUCUACGUGGAUAAGAUUGGUAAGCCACAAUUAGCGCAGAAGAAUCUACAACAUCUAACAGCUCAUAAAGGUCUACCGUAUCUCUUCAUCUGCGGCACAUUCAUAGGAAGCGCAGAACAUAUCGAAAACUAUCAUAAGAAUGGUCAGAUCCCACAAUUAGUCGAAUAUGUCUGCGGAGAUGAACGAAAAAAGAACAAAUCGAAGAAAACGUCCUCUUAA